CCAUCCUUCCCACCCUUCCUGAUCUCAUCUUCCGCCCCUCCCCCAUGGUUUCCGAAAGGGUGGGGGUGCGGGGCUGUCAGAGGAGAACAACAGGGGAGGCUGGCUGAGGGGGGGAGUUGGAACCAGGAACCUGGGGAGCAGCUGGCCAACCCUGGGGGAGCUCAAGUCACAUCUUACCGACCUGCUUCUUUUGGGGUGGCUUGGGCUUGUUUUUGAAAGGCAGGGUCGCAUAUUUGUCUUGUGAGCCUUGGCAACUUUGGUUGACUUUCACCCGUCUGCCUUACGUUGAAAGGCUCUAUAGGCCUUUACCAAAGCCCUGAUCCACCCUGAUCCCCUCCUAUUUCCUUAAAAUGGUAAAUAGAAGGGGGAAACUGAGGCACAGACAGGUUAGGUAACUUGCCCAAGGUCUCUCAGUGAGUCAGGUGCAGAGCAAGGAAUAGAUACAGGGAGUCCCUAUUGCCAGGUCUUGUCAGGGACCAGACCAGCAGGGAGAGCUGCUGGCCGGCUCUCUGAAUAACCUCACUGCUAGACAACCUAUAAGGCCACCUGCUGUUCCUGGGACCUGCCGGAGGAGCUACAGCACUGGCUGGCUGCCGGCUCACCAGGUCUGCUUAGACGCCUGGCACCCAGAUGAGCUCAGUGGCUGCUCAAUGUGUAUCUUGCCCGCGGCAGCUGUGCUUCCCCGUCGUCCAGGCCCUGCUCCUGCUCUGCUCCAGCCCUGCUCCCCUUCGGCUUCAGACGUCUGGUUUGAUGCCCAGCCCUGCCUCUGCCUCCCUCACUGCUUGCCCCCUCACUUCUGGCUUCGGCUUCUGUCUCUCUGGUACGGAUCCUGGGCUCCGCCUCUGGCUGAGGACUCCGCUGUACCCCCACCCUGGCUCUGGCAUUUGCCUUCUGGCCCUGGGCCCAUUUCCUGGAUGCUGCCCACGCUGGACCCAGCUUGAGCCCGUUGGCUGAAGUCUCAUUUCCACCACGAGGCCUGACCGCACAUGGCCCAGCUGGUAACAGGCCGGCUCUCACCACCAGGCAUCCUUCCCAUUUCUAUUUCUGGGCCAGGGCUGUGUCAUAGGGAGGCUCUAACCCAGCAGGCUGCUGAAAGGACCUACCUGCCAGCAAUCGGGGGCUCAGCUCAGCGCGAAGGCAGGAGAAUGGCGAGGGAGAAUAUCUAUGAGAACCUGGAGGUGAUGGAAGCUGCUCCUCAGCCAAAAGGAAAUCCUACUGAGACAUCGGUCCCUUGGCGGCACAGGGCGGGGGGGAUCGUCACUGCUGUCCUUCCACUCCUGACGCUUGUGGCCCUGGCCAGCUCCCUCCUUGCUGUGACGUUUUUAUAUUUCCAGGCACAGAGCAAGCUGCAAGCGGUUGAAGAAGCGAUUCAGAAGCUCCAAGUCUCUCUGCGGCCUGACAACGCCUCGGAUACGUCAGCAAAGGAAUUGGACAGUCUGCAGCUCCUGGACGAAGAACAGGCAAGAGCCUGGAUGCUGAAAGACCAGCCAGGUAAUGUCAGUGCAGCGUAUGGAAAAAUCCAGAUCCGUCUGGACAACGUUAGUGCAGCGCGAGCAGCAGUGCAAGGUCACUGCAGUGACAUGCUGACAAAGCUCUCCAGGGGCUGGAGCUUUUAUAGUGGGAACCUCCAUUACUUUUCUCAAGAAAAAAAGCCGUGGGAUGAGGCCGAGCAGUUCUGUGUGUCUCAGGACUCUCACCUGACCUCUGUCUCCUCCCAGGUGGAACAGGAGUUUCUCUCCAAGGAGACCAAGGGACAAGGUCACUGGAUUGGACUCACUGACCGGGAGACAGAAAGCAGCUGGCACUGGGUGGAUGGCACAGAAUUCAGAGCAGACGCAAGCAGGGAGUUCUGGGAGGAGAAUCAGCCAGACAACUGGGAUCAGCGGACAGAAGGCAGAGAAGACUGUGUUGAGAUCCACCCAAGCAGGCUGAAUUUGUGGAAUGAUGCCAACUGCAUUCAGCUUUCUAGGUGGAUUUGUAAGCAGGCUCACAGAUAGGCUGUGCUGUGACAUGCAGGUCCCAGCACCUCAGAAAGCACCAUUAUUUCCAAGCUAUGGAGCAUGUUUUCCAGCCACCUGCUCAUGAGGAGCCCUGUGUACUGGAGGGGGCCGCAUGGCAUAUGCAUUGCAGGGACUCUUUGUCUUGGUGUGAUAUUUCUGGCUGCAGCAGAGGUAGCUGCCCUUAUGCCGCUCAGUGUGCAUGGCUCUGCAAUGUGUAUGUUUCCAGGUCUGUCACUAAAUAAAGUCCUUGGAUCAUAGAGUUAUUAUUUCAUAAUCACCCAAUAAAUAAUUAUUUGCCUGA